GCAAGAUGGUUUCUCGUAAUUUAGUGUUUCUGAUCGACACAUCGAGUUCUGGAGACAGGGCUGUCUCGGGUGGUGUUUCUGCCCAGACGAAUGUCCUAGAGCACGGUGUUUUGAAAAUCCUCAAUUAUUUUGGAUGCAGGUUUGGGUUGGAAAAGGUCAAAUGGGGGUACAAAUUCUACAACUCGCGUGGAGCCAGGGGCAAAAUAUACCGAGCUUCCGAUUUUAGGGAGCUCAAAGCCAAGAACUUCGAGGAUUUCGAAGGGGAGUGUCGGUCUAAAUUUGAAGAAAACCAGGCAUGGGAGAAUUUGAAUAAGGGGAAACUAUUGGCACCCAAGGGGCAGGUUAUCCAAACAGCACUGAAAGAGACUUUGCUGGACUUUCAGUGGGACAGGCCUGACAUCACCUCCCCGACCAAACCAGCCCUGCGACCCAGGAGGCGAGGGCAGUUGCCUGGCAGCAAGGUGCCACCGAACCUCGCUUUGGCAGAAGACGAGUCAUCACUGAAAAGUCAGAAUGUGGUGUUUCUCGUCUCUGCGUGUCCGCACUCCACAGCAGAGCUUCAAGCGUUCAUGUGCUCAGGUGACACGAGUGAUUCUUAUAAAGAUGUUUUGGAAGACAUCCUGCCCAGGGCUGUCCAGGAGAUGAUUUUCCAGAAUAAAGUUGCUUUGCAUUGGCUGGAUACUACAGAGUGCGGGAAGCUAAUGGAAUCUACAGAUCAUGCUGGGUAUGAAGUUCUAUCUGAGGCAUUGAGACUGGCUGGCGGGAGUUUAGUGCCUUUUCACGGUAUACUUGGACAAGUAACACCUUUAAUGCAGUGCUUGCCCUUCAUUGGAGGUUCUCCCAUCCAUUUGCCUGGAGUAAGAGAAGCAGUGUUCCCCUUUGACUCCAGCAUUAAUUAUCUGAUGUCUUCAGAGCGGAUCUACCGUGCUGCUUUUCCUGUGCAGUAUGGACUUCUUCGCUGUGGAGAAGCAGACAUGAUCAUUUGCAGCAUUUCCCUGGAGUCCAUGUCCAGCAGACAGAGCACUUUGCCCAACCUGGUUAAUGUAACAUUGAAAGAAGCCCUUACAGACUGGAGCUGCCUGAAACCCAGGGCGAUGAGAACUGACACCUGGGUACUUCAACAGGCUAAGGAAACCACUGGGAGUUAUGAAGAAAAAAUUGCAUUUCAACAGCUUUUAAAGGAGCUUGCUGUGCAGGGUCUUCAUAUGGUUGUUAGCAUUGAUGUGAGUGGAGGUUUCUCUCCCUGCACUGGGGUCCUGUCGCCACUCUCUGCCACCACAGCUCUGCUCACCCUACUUUACCCAGAACCUACAUCUGACGGAGGCCUCUUGCUGAAUGAGUUGGUGUCCCAGGGUGGCGACGAACUUUCCACAGACUUACCUGACAUCGUCUCUAGUGUCGUAAACCAUUUUUAUGAUUGCAUAGAGGACGAGCAAGAGAACAGCGCAGAAGACCCUCCUGUCCCUGACUGGGCACAGCAGGAGCUGUCCUCGACCCAUCCAGGACCAUCAGCUCUUGUGGAGGGCUGGUUCCCACUGUCUGAUCAGUCAGGAGUCAGUUCCAACUUGAUGGAGUCAAUCAGGUUACUGCACACUGCCCCUGAGGGAGAAGAUUCAGAGCAGCAAGGCAGGAAAAGAUCUGGCGGACCCCGUACUCCAGUAAGACAGAAGAUGAAGACCAUGAGCCGUUCCCUCCAGAUGCUGAAUGUGGCCCGGCUCAAUGUGAAGGCACAGAAGAGUCAGUCAGAUGAACCUCAGCCCAGCGAGAGGGGACCUGUCAAGCAGGGAAAGAGGCGAUCGGGAGACAAGCAAGGAGGGAAGGCAGGUGGCAAUUUAACACAUUUUAAAAGUGAAGAGGAGCUUCUGUCCCAUCUUAAGGAGAGUUACCAGAAGGCUGUGACCGAACGAGACUCCUCUCUGGUUACACAAGUCCAGAACUUCCUUAUUCUCAUUAAAACAUUUCUGAAAUCAGCAGACAAUCAAGAACUGGAGGUGAAUUGUGCCCAAUUUGUGCAGGAAAACCUUGUUAAGUCCAGUAAAUUGAUCAGACAGCAGUACGCAAAUGCACAAGACAAUGAAGCAAAGGUUCGCGAGUGUCAGCUGCAGGUUGUGCUGCGGUUGGAGAUGUGUCUCCAGUGCCCUUCUGUUCAGACUGACACAGACCGCCUGGAACAACUGGUAGAGGAGAUUACAGAUAUGCUGCGCAUUCUCUCCUUGACUAAAGACCCAUCUUACCUUGCUAAGUUCCUUGAAGAAGAGAUCCUUAUAGUGUACCUCAACAGCAUUCCAACAAUCCUUGGGGAUAUGUACUCCAGUCUGGGCACACAACUGCCUCAAAAGUUGGAUUCGCUUCUUCCUUCAGAUUUCUUCAGCGACGAGUCAAUGACACAGGAGAGCAACUCUCCAGCUGCUUCACAGCUUUCUGCAGCCCCCAGUACAUCCUCAGCUGGCGGGGGCCUGCGUAUCAGAUCAGCUGAGAAAAAAAGGAGUGGUAUGCUGACUCGUCAUCGAAGCAUGAGUGAUGCAUCUCAGAGUUUACGGCAAAUUGAAAUGCCCAAGAAGUCUGCAAGAAGGGAAAGAGUCAAGUCUCGUCUUUCUUUUGCUGUGGAGCUACCUUGUCCUGAACCUCCACCACCCAAAGAAGUACAAGAGGUAACAAAGGUACGCCGGAACCUGUUCAAUCAAGAGUCACACACUUCUAUUAAAAAAGCUAAGCUACCAAGGAGCCAGUCUGCUGUGGAGGGACUGAGGCACAAGCGUUCAAGGUCUAAGGAAGAUGUGAAAGUUUCAGAUAAUCACAAGCUUCUGACUAAAAAGGUCUCGGAAACACCUCUGCACAAGCAGGUCUCAAACAGGCUGCUGCACAGACAGAUUAAAGGAAGGAACUCGAUCACUGCUUCUGACGUCUGCAUUGUGGAGGAAUCCCCUGUGAAGCUAGAAAACGAGACUGACUUGAGAAGGAGCCCUCGAAUCAAGAAGCUCUCUUUUGGCAGGAGGCACUCCAGCUCCUUCUACUCCAGUUCCCAGCCACAGUCUCGGAACCUGGAGAGGGUCCAUUCGGCUUCCCAACUGACCCUGAGUGAUAGCAAAGCAGGCAAGCUGAAUAUUCAGAUCAUCAGGUCUCCAGUACGGCUACUCUUUGGUGCCAUGGGCUCUCCCAGCCACUCUGAAGCCUGUGGUUCCAGGGAGGAGAGAAGGGCUGGUAUGGAAGUUUCUGAGAAACUAGAGUGUCAGAUUCCUAAGAAAACUCAAAGGAAGCUAUGGAGCCCCACGGACAGAGGCAUAACUCUUCGGAAAUCUCCACGUACACCUCCCAGGAUCCCAUGCCAAACCCCUGUGAUGAGCCCUGUCCUGGGAAUAAGAUCAGAGACACAUGGGUCGUCAUCUUGGAAGUUAAGUGGCAGUCCUUUCAAAUCUCCUAUUCGGAGAAGCCAGCGUUUGAUAUUGGGAACUCCUCUCAAGGACAGCUCACCAGGCAACCGUCUGAGGACACCAGUAAAGAACUUUGUGGAAUCCCUGUUGCCUGCAAGAACACAUGCAAAGUCUGGUAUUUCGGAAAGCCCAAUCAGAACACCCAAAAAAACUGUGACCUGGCCGCCUUCUCCACACAAACCCAGGCUUCAAGGACAAGCUCAUGUGGCGUUCAGAGUACCAGAGUCCCCCUGCAAUCUAUCUCGCCACUCCCCAAGAAUGUUAAGGACACCUACAAAAAACUGUACCCCAAGAAAGAGUCCUCAAACACCAGGUAUGCCAAGAGCGAUAAUGAAAACCCCUCAAAAAACAGGUACUCUGCAAACUCCUACAAGAUCCCAGAGAAAAACAAAUUCACCAGCAACUUUAAUGAGCUGCCAGGGUCCAUGUGCUCCCAAAUCUCCAGUGGGAACUCCACCAAACCAAAUUGCCACAAGAACUUCACUGAGAAUCACUGGACAAUUAGGCACUCUUAGAAAAGGUCAUUCACUAUUUGUAGAUUCCCCCCAGAAGGCAGGACAUUUUACCCCAGAAAAAGAACCUUGGAAAGCAAGCUUGGUUGUCCCCCUAACUCCAAGAACACCUAAAGCCUCCAAUUCCUGUACACCAUUGAGAAGUGAUACUGGAGCAGAGCUGUGUGGCAAUUCCUCCCCUGUUAAACAACCUGCUAGGACUCGACAGAAAAGUCCUCUCAUUCCACAGAGGAUUCUUAAAAGGUCGGGAGGAACACCUUUGAAAGGCACUCCUAAAAACCCUGUACGGACUCCAUUGAAAAGUAGCAACGAUAAUAUCACACCAAAGAAACACCUUCAGAAGAUGGGUGGAACAACUUUAACAGACAGGCUAGAGACCGCUGAUACAACAGCUCUUGCAAGUGCAUUUUCCAGCUCUCCUGUUAAGGCCAACACCGUGAGCAAGCCACUGGGUGGCAGAAAGAAUCUGGAGAAAACCAAAUUACUUUCAAGUUCAAGGUCUUGUGGGUACCUGCAGCAGACUGCCAGCACUGAUGAGAUUAGUGCCCCUAAACCGAAGAGAGCCUUCAAGUCAGACAGCAUGGGCAGCACCCAGACAGGUGUUGACUCUGUUUGUAAACAGCUGCCAGGAUUCUCGGAGCUCUCCCAGAACAAAGCCAGUUCCCAGUCUGACAUGGUAUCUGUUUCAGAGAGGCUGGACUCGUCUUCCCAGGCUAGCACAUGCACAUCUGGGUCUUUCGCAACAACAGAAGAGGAGGAGAAGGAGGAGAGCAUUGAAAUCACUGGCGCCACAAUCCUAAAAACCGAGGAUCUUAAAAUGAAUAUUUGUUUCACCAGAAAACCCUCAAAGUCUGAUGAGGGGUUUGAAUUUUCCUCCAGAAGACCAGGGGGCUCCUCUUCCACCCCUGGACCCAGUUAUGGGUUCCGUUGGACCCCUGAUCGCCAGCAGAGGCGGGCAGCCGCCCGUCUUGGGAGCCCAGAGGAACCCCCAAAGUUUUCUACUCCCCGGAUCUCUCGAACACCUAGCCAACGGCGCACCCCAGCCACUCCAGAUACUCCCUCCUACCAAGUAGAGCUGGAGAUGCAGGCUUCGGGACUGCACAAACUGAAGAUCAAACGAACAGAUUCCUUUAAUGCCGGGGAAACUGGUGUAGAGAGUAGCCUGAAAGCGUUUCCUCAGGGCAGCAAAAAGACAAAAAGAGCAGGACCAGCCAGUCCGCUCACUCGUUACCCCAAGCGCAGGCACACUGGAUAUGCUUCCCCCUCUUCGCUUUGCACUCAUAGCACACCUGGUGAAACAACGCCAGGAAAAGGUGGGGUGCAGACUUAUAUCUGUCAGUCCUACACCCCAACACGGCAUUCCAACACCCCCUCCCCUUCUGGAAUCGGAGAAGCUGCCCGAUGGACUCCAUCACCUCAGAGACGAGGAAGGUCCACCCCAGAGAGCCUCAUCAACUGGCCCCGGAGGAAGAAGGCUGGAGGAGUAGGCGCAGGUGUUGGCGGUAAGGAUAAGUGGGUAGCAGGUGUGCCUCUGAGCAAGGAGGCUGAAAAUUUGAAAUUGCUGGAGGAUCCUGAGCUGGUAGGAGUCUGCAGGCUCCAGGAUAUCCAAUCUUUGGAUCAUAGAGACAGUCAAGACUCCAGAGAGGCGUUUGGCCUGAGGUCGAGGAAGAGAGGCAGCAGCGAGGCCUUUUCCCCAGAUGAGGAUGAUGGUCAGAGGAGAACGAAGAAACCCCUUCUAAGCAGGCUUGAGGAUUUGGACAUCGCUGAAGAUCUGUGUAACCAGUGGGGAGACAGCGAAUCCCUGCAGUGCAACAACCAGUUUUUCAUUGACAAAGACUUUGUCAUCUCAGCUGUGACUCCGCCAAGCUGCAAAUUGAGGAAGCCCAUAUCUGCAAGUGGCCUCCUGGCGUUGACUCAAUCUCCAUUGCUGUAUAGGGGCAAGACUACUUCCUCAAACAAGAAGGGCUAUGCAAGAUAUGAUGAGUCCGGCCUGGACACAUCUUCACAGAAGGCAGCGGCAGUACCCACGGUCGCAGAGCAGGACAUGUCCCCAUUUAACAGAGUGCCCAGGCAGCGAUCAGUGAACAUGACCUACAGCAGGAAGAAGCUGUUGUAGUUCAUAAGACUCCCGCUGAAAUAUUUCAUUGUGAACUCUUCAAUUUUUUACAUUUUUUUUUUUUUUUAACAAGCCUGCUGAUUUUAUUUUUUUCCUAUUUUAUUUAAACCUGGGGAGUCUCUUCAGGUCAAUGUUAAGCAGUGGUUGCGCUGGCUAGAAUUUAUUUUGUUUAUUUUUUAACCAAAUGAUUCUGGUUGUGAAUUAUGUGUUUUGUUAUGUUUGUCUUUUAAAUAAGGGGGCGAUAUGUAGAUUGGUUGUAUAUAUUAUACAGAUUAUUUAAAUAUUAGAUUAGCUAAUUAAUGUGAAUGAAUGAAAAUAUUUUACAUAUUCAGUAUAAUAACAAUUCUUGUUUUCUAAUGUAAUGGAAUUGCUCAAUGGUCAGAAGCCUUUUACGGUUUUUAUUUCUUGGUUUACAUGUUUUCUGUGUUUUGAGGGGUUUUCAAAAAGUGUUUGUAUAAUUGACUUCCAGGCAGCUUACGCAAAGUGUGGCAGAGCAAAGCUCUGCCCUUUUUAAAUUGGCAGGGAUG